AUGAAAAACCAUCAAAGCAACCAGCAGCCUAAACCAACCAUGCUUCAAAUACUCAACAGAACAACUAGACAUUCUCCGUUAUUCAAACCCCACCAAUUGAGAUCACUCACUCAAUACGCAAAGAACUCUCAAAUAUUCAUCCAUGAAAAUCCACCUCAUCAUUACAAUUUCUCGUUAUCUAAAAACCCCGAUGCUCUAACCAUUGGAAGUUCAGAAACUACCGACCCCAAGCCACAGACCUUCACCACCAACAAGAAAUUUGUUGACCUAUUACACAAGACUUUUGAAAAUAAGAUUUAUGAUGAUUUUACGUUUAUAAUGGAGGCAGGAACCAAUGCAAAUUCAUUUAUGCCCAUUUACGAUUUUAGAGAUAUUCCUAAAUACUCAAGACAACCUUAUAUAGGGAACGUGUUUGGAUAUUUGCAAGUUGAUGGAAACGCCAAGAUUAUUCCUGGAAGUUGGCAAAGGAAUGAUUUGUAUGAAUUGUGUAAUGGUAAAGAUGGAUUGUGUCAUUUUAGUGAAUAUAUGUAUGAAACAUUGCAACAAGAAUGCGAAAAUGCCAAUUAG